AUGAACUCUCUGAGUGCUCUGGCGAACAUUGGCACGCCUCCGCCAAGCCCAGCUCGCUCGCGAACCGGGUCCGAGAGCAACAUACGCCAAGCGCAGCCUCGGUCCAGCUUGUCGCAGCUCCCCAGCAAUGCAAGCGCAAACACAGCGUCUCUCGACGAGAAGCUGGAGCGCGCCAUGGCUUCGGACAGAGCAGACCGACUCCGCUCCUCCACCACCGCCAAUGCCCCCACGUCCGAGUACGACGAAAAGUCGCCGCUGCUGAACCAUGCGAGUGCUCCUGUCGAACAGCCCGAGCCCGGAAAGAGAUGGCUGUUUCCCAAGCGUGUUUAUGACGGUGUCCUGGGAGGUGUUGCCGUGCUUCUGAGUCCGAUUGUCUGCACAGGCCAGUACCUGGUCGCAUGCUUCUACUACCAAGAGGAUGGCCGAUUCUCUCUGACUGCACCUCUGCACCACAUGGUCGCCGGCUCGCGACGAGAGAAAUCUACGUCAGAGCCAAUGCCCUCGUCUGGCUUCUCUAGCAGUAACGAAAAGGGGAAGCAUGCAAGCAGGCGGUUGAGCGUCGCGCAAUCCCAACCACGGAAGACGGCACCAAGGUCUCCCUCUAUAGCCUCGACGUCAACGGCCAUUACCUCUGAUUCGGAAAUCGAAAGCGAGCGACCGCACACACGCGACGAAGACGUCGACUUUCCAUCACGCCACACCCGCUCAAAGUCAAACGCCUCGUCAGCCGGCGAGGAGAUCGCUCCAGCAAAGCGGUCCAUUCGAAUCAAACUGCACAACGAAGACGCACUGAGACAACGCAAGGCGGCCAAAAAGGCACAGUCGAAUAGUCACGUGUCGCCAGAAGCUGCAAACGCACUCAAAUCCCCUACAGGGCCCAUGACUGCAGCUGCAAAGCACAAGUUUCCACGAGCACCACAACCCCCACGUCCACUCGUACCACGCCGGCAGCCGUCGUACUCUGCGAAAGGAGCGUCUGCCGUGGGACCGCAUCAGAAGACACUCAUCCUCGACCUCGAUGAAACUCUGAUACACAGCAUGGCGAAGGGCGGUCGCUUCCAGACCGGCCACAUGGUAGAGGUGAAACUUCAGGCUUCAGUCGGCGCGGGCGGGCAGAUCAUCGGCCCGCAGGUGCCUAUCCUGUACUACGUUCACAAACGUCCCUUCUGCGAUGAGUUUCUGAAAAAGAUCUCGAAAUGGUACAACUUGAUCAUAUUCACGGCCUCUGUCCAAGAGUACGCCGACCCUGUGAUCGACUGGUUGGAGGUUGAACGCAAGUACUUUGCUGGCCGAUACUACCGCCAGCACUGCACUUUCCGCAACGGCGCCUACAUCAAGGAUCUUGCGCAGGUAGAGCCGGACCUCAGCAAAGUUAUGAUCCUGGACAACAGUCCGAUGAGCUACAUCUUUCAUGAAGACAAUGCCAUUCCCAUCGAAGGCUGGAUUAGCGACCCUACAGACUACGAACUGCUGCACCUCAUUCCCUUACUCGAAGGUUUACAGUACGUAACUGAUGUGCGCGCGCUGCUUGCUCUACGACAAGGAAUGCCCUCGUCGGCGUGA